AUGGCAGUGUUAUCGCAUAUUGUUGCUGCUCUGCAAUCCUCGCCGAUCACCACAGCCGCGAUUUCGAUUCUUGUCUUAGUCCUCAUCUUCAACCGCCAGAACAUCCCCAACAUUCCCGGUCCAUGGCUCGCCAAAUACACCAAGCUGUGGUACCUGUGGCAGAUGUAUCGGGCGGACUUUCACCUAACUAAUGUGAAACUGCAUCGUGAACAAGGAAGCAUCGUGCAGAUCGCACCUGGAUACUAUAGCGUCGAUGAUGCCGAUUCCCUCAAGCUCAUUUACGGACAUGGGAAUCAGUUGGUGAAAGGAACGUGGUACAGCACCUGGAACUUCAACCCGAAUCCCGAAGCAACAAAUUUGUUCUCUGAGCGCUUUCCCGCCAAACACUCGACCAUGCGCCGCAAGGUAGCCUCUCUGUACUCCAUGACUGCUCUGGUAUCAUACGAGCCCUACGUCGAUAAUUGCAUCGGAAUCUUCGAGGCCCAUCUUGCCAAGUUCUCCCAAUUUGGUACCAUUAUGGAUCUCGCACACUGGCUGCAAUGCUACGCGUUUGAUGUCAUUGGAGAAAUCACGUUUGGCGAGCGUUUUGGUUUCCUCGAUCAAGGCAAAGACAUCGCUGGCUUGAUGCAGGCCUUGAACUUCAGCUUCAGUUAUGCAAGCUUCGUCGGUCUUUUCACAUGGCUACAGCCUAUAACCAACCCAAUCUCGGGGCUCUUUUCUCGAAGUUUGUUCUACGUACAAGAGUUCACCAAUCAAAGAGUACUUGCCACUAGGCAAGAGAAAGUGGAUACCUCCGAAGACGGUCCUGUCUAUAUGGCAAAGAGGCUAAUCGAUGCUCAACUCAAUGACGAAAAGAGAGGUAUAACCAGUCUUGAUAUUGCAAUUACCACGGGAAGCAAUGUCGGUGCCGGUAGUGAUACUACAAGUUUAUCCUUGGCUUCGUAUCUAUUCUACUUAUACCAGCACCCUCGUUGCUUGGAACAAGUGCGAAGAGAGCUCGAAGGACUCGGGGCUCGAACACGAUAUACAUUUCAAGAGGUUCAGAAGCUGCCCUAUCUACAGGCCACAAUUAAGGAGUCCCUUCGCAUGCAUCCGGGAACCGGUUACCCCCUGUGGCGGAUUGUUCCACAAGGUGGCCUGAUGAUCUGCGGGCAACUGCUUCCAGAAGGAAGUAAUGUGGGUGUGAACAGUUGGGUCGCUCACCGAGAUACCACUGUCUAUGGCUCUGACGCGGACGACUACAGACCUGAGCGCUGGCUGGAGGCCGAUGCUGAUAGGUUAAAAGCCAUGGAGCACAGCUUCAUGCCUUUCGGGUACGGGGCCAGAACAUGUAUCGGGAAAAACAUCUCAUUGCUUGAGAUGAACAAGCUCAUCCCGGUGCUAGUGAACGGCUUCAAUUUUGAGUUUCUGAGAAAGGACGGGUCUAUGGACACAAGAAAGUCUCUUGUAGGACGGGAUCGCUGGUUCGUGAAACCAGAGCUGCUCCAUGCGAGGGUUUUCAAGCGUGUUUGA